AUGCGCUUCACAACUAUUAUCUUCUCUUUGAUCGCCCUCAACAGUAUCAACGGCUGGGCCGCUCCUCUUACAAGAUUAAACCAAAUUGAAAACCCAGUCGAACGUCGUGCUGCUUUGUUGGAAAAUAUGAUCGGUGAAGCAGAUGUCACUCUGGUUAAACGUAGAGGAUCAAGAUCAAGAGGAAGUAGCUCGUCUUCGUCUUCGUCUUCUUCUGGUGCUGGCCUUUGUGUUCCUCUUCCUUGA